AUGGCGGACCAGCUCACAGAGGAACAGAUCGCCGAAUUCAAAGAGGCGUUCUCGCUGUUCGACAAGGACGGCGACGGCACCAUCACCACCAAGGAGCUGGGCACCGUGAUGCGCUCCCUCGGACAGAACCCCACCGAGGCCGAGCUGCAGGACAUGAUCAACGAGGUGGACGCGGACGGCAACGGCACGAUAGACUUCCCCGAGUUCCUCACGAUGAUGGCGCGCAAGAUGAAGGACACCGACAGCGAGGAGGAAAUCCGCGAGGCGUUCCGCGUGUUUGACAAGGACGGCAACGGGUUCAUAUCCGCCGCGGAGCUCCGCCACGUGAUGACCAACCUCGGCGAGAAGCUGACGGACGAGGAGGUCGACGAGAUGAUCCGCGAGGCGGAUAUCGACGGCGACGGCCAGGUCAAUUACGAGGAAUUCGUCACCAUGAUGACGUCGAAG